UACCAUUUUGUUCUGAGAAUUUAAGGUAUCCCUGACUAAAAAUUCUGUCAUAAUAAAAUUCUCUAUUUUGACAUUAUGUUUAAAUGAUGUAGGCUGGAUGAUCAUUUUAAUAUUAAUAUUAUUCAAAGUAAUAUUUUCUUCUACAUUUUUCUGUAAUGAAAGUUUCCCACUUCUAUGAAUAUGGAUAUGUGCUUUGUGCGUUUGAAGAGUCCUAAAUGCGUUGCCUUUGCGUCAGAGCGCAACACCAAGCUGCCCAGGUAUCUGAACACAAACAUCUCCAUAAAAAAGAAAAACGAAAAGAAAUAAAUAAGUAUUCCAACGUGUAACACACUCUCCUUGUUUUAUCUGCUUGUUUUGUUUAUCUGUAACACAAUGCAUGAUGUCUGCUGAUUAAUUAAUUACAACGAAAUAAUGACUAAAUGGAAUCUGGAAUCCAUGGAGGAGGUUUUGAUUAAACGAGAUCUCUAAAAAAUAUUUUCACACGUCCAUGCAAUGUUUAAACAAAUUGACAUGGUGUUAAAACUAAAUCAUUCACAUCCUACGUGUCCAUGAGACUAAUAAUGGUGCGCAUUUAGUCGCUGGUUUAAAUGGUUAUUUGUUUGAAAUGUUUUCGAUUUAUAUGUGACUGAAUUUGGAUCCGCAAAGGAUGAAAGUAAAAGUCUGAAUCUUGAAGUUAAGGAGUCGUUUUAUUGGUACAGAACCACGUGACUGCGGGGUUCUUAACGCGCGCGCUGUCCUGAGGAUAUAGGUGGGCUCAGAACGCAAUAGCCAAGGUUAAUACACAGAAUUGUUCAUCAGCACACAGGAAAAGUUUUCAUGCAACCUAUUCAUUAUUACUUACUUCUGAUUUGCCAACUUUUUCUUUCCUCCCCAGACAUUCACAGCUGAAGACUUUUUCCUUAGAACUGGGAGUCUCGUGAGCCGAUGAAGGCAGAAAGCGACGCAGGGAGCAGCGGCGCAGGGGGUGGCGCAGGCGGUGGUUCGUGCUGCGUGAACCGGCUGCUGCGCGCGGUGGAGAGCGAGCUGCGCGCGGGCCGAGAGAAAGGAGACCCGACGGAGAAGCAGCUACGCGUGAGUCUGGAGGACGCCGAGCUGUGGCGCAAGUUCCGCGAAGUCACCAACGAGAUGAUCGUCACCAAGAACGGCAGGAGGAUGUUCCCGGUACUGAAGGUGAGCGUGUCUGGACUGGACCCCAACGCCAUGUACUCCUUCCUUCUAGACUUCAGCCCAGCUGAUGGUCACCGCUGGAAGUAUGUGAAUGGAGAGUGGGUGCCUGCUGGCAAACCUGAACCCCACAGUCACAGUUGUGUGUACAUCCACCCCGACUCUCCAAACUUCGGUGCACACUGGAUGAAGGCUCCGGUGUCCUUCAGUAAAGUCAAACUGACCAACAAACUCAACGGAGGUGGACAGAUCAUGCUGAACUCGCUCCAUAAGUAUAAGCCACAGAUCCACAUUGUCCGUGUAGGAGGAAACCACAGGAUGGUGACCAACAUCUCCUUCACUGACACCCAGUUCAUCGCUGUAACAGCCUACCAGAAUGAGGAAAUAACCGCUCUGAAGAUAAAAUAUAAUCCCUUCGCAAAGGCCUUCCUGGAUGCUAAGGAAAGGAGCCACCCCAAGAACUUUCUCGAAGCUCCUCCUGAGAACCAGCAUGUGGGCAUACCACACUGUGGUUGGUAUAUUUCGAACCCGGACUCCUUUUGUUCCUCUGGCAGCAGUAACUUCCCCUAUGCAGGCGGUUUACCUCUUACCCCGCACCAUGGCUAUAAACACUACUCCAGUCUGCAGGGCCAUCGAGCCACUCCGUACCCGCCGCCAUAUCUGCACCACCAUCACCAUCAUCACCACCGUGGACACAAUUCAGUCUCUCUGUCUGAGGGUCUGAGUCCAGGUGCUCUGCAGGUGUUCUCAGGCCACGAGACCUGGACAGGUGUUUCUCCUCCUGGUCCUGCAGCGAUGCUGUCAAUGCCGUCUGGUACGAACUCACCUGGAGUCAGCAGUCAGUACCCCUGCCUGUGGACAGUGAGCGGCUGUGGUGUGUCCUCCACUCCUGCAGGAGGCGCUGUGAGCUCCACCCAGUGUCAGGAGGAUCGACCUGAUGCAGGAUCCGCGUCCGCUUCACCAUGCUCGCUCCUUCAAGGCCAAGGACCCACAAAUGCAGAUGUUUCGGAGCAAGCCAGUCAUAACAGAGUGGGAGGGGCUAGCUGGUCAGCAGGCUCCACCCACUCCUUUUAAAGGGAAGUCAUUCAACUGCUCACAUAUCGUCUCAUCUCUCUUUGGAGUUCCUUAAUGCCAAAAUAUUGUUUGUGUAUCUGAAGAAUACAAGUUCAUUAUUUUCUGUACACGUUCUCAUCGUUUCCUGCAGCUCGGCGGUUUCAUCUUUACACCGAUAACUUUUAACGGUUCAGAUGAAUUCUUUAAAGUCUACAGACUUUCAACAUUCUUUUAAGAAACAGGAAAGAAGAGGGCAAAAUGCAGUAAAACACCAACCUGACAAAAAAAAACCACACUUUUUUUUAAACAUUUUUUUUUACCUGAUUUCCACACAAAAAUUCAUUUUACAUGCAAACCAGUUUUUGUGUGUCCGGGAACUUAGAAUACAGAGAAAGUCUAGAAAUAGAGUUACAUCAUAAAAUAUAAGAGCCAAUCAGAUUUCAGUAUGCAAAUGCGAGGGUGUAGCGUGUCGAGUUUAUGACUGAUGCUGCAUCAGGAAUCACAGGAUGUCAUUUCUUAAUUCUGGCUUCAGUAAAAAUGCUUCUGUGUCUUCAUCUAAGCUCAUAAUAAAUCCAAGUGAUCAAACCUCACACGGUUCAAAAACUAACCCAAACAUUUCUCCAUAAACUUAACUAACACAUUCAUACAUAUUCAUAUGACAUAUAAACUGGCAAAUGAGACCGUUUCCUGUUUCUGAUGACACUUUGUUUCUGUCAAACGGCCGAGAUUAUUGUAUAAAUAGUGCAAUAGUGUCGUUAUAUAUCGCAAGUGCUUACGUUUACACUCGCUUCAUGCUUGUACAUACGGCGACGCUGAUAUGACUUAUACAUUUGCCGUUUUACUUCUAUUCGCUGAACUAACACUCAAAACCCUACAAAUAUUUUUAUUUCUGCUUUAUCUGUAGGCCCGAAGUGUUAAUAAGGGUUGCCAGGUCCGCAUACAAAAAGCAGUCCAAGGCUCAAGAAAUUAAUCCAAAAUACUAAAAUAAUUUGUGCUUGAAGAAAAAUCUAUUAAUUAAUUAAUUAAUUAUAUACAAAUCCCAGGGGGACACGGUGGCUUAGUGGUUAGCAUGUUAGCCUCACAC